ACUCUGUGUAUGAGUCACCAUGAAUGGCACGAAAACCACCAUGCAGCAUUUUACAGUCAUGGUUUCAAGAUUCGCUAAGUCUAUAGUUUAUAGUCACCAUGAAUGGCACGAAAACUAAGUUUAUAGUUUCAUCCAACAAAUAAAACCGUUUAUCAUUUUUUCAUAGUUCAAGAUAAUGUAAUUUUUACCGGGCCUCGUGGCCUAGUGGUAAAGGAACCUCGGCUGAGGUGCCCGCCAUCACGAGUUCGAGCCCCGGCCACAGCGGAUUUAACAUGGUUUCCGUUUGGCUUCCAGGACCUUCCUCGCCAGUUCCAGUUGGACGCGGUGGGAUAGUCGGACUAAGGUCCGGAUACCUAAAAAAAAAAAAAAAAAAAGAUAAUGUAAUUUUGAUGGGAUAUUUUAAUUACAUCCAAUACAAAAGAUUUCUACAAAUCAACGUUAAUCUUAUUAACAUUUUUUGCAUUAUACAUAAAUAUUCUAGAAUUUUCCAUUUAUAGCACAAAUCAAACAAAGAUGUAAAAAAUCUGCUUAAAAAUCAAUCUUAAAACAGAAAUAAAAAUCACUAGAAAAUAAUAACAAUUACAUAUAUUUGAUAGAACUAAAAUAUAUAUAUUGCUAGAUUGCAUUAAUUGUUUCUUACUUUGGUCUAGAUUUUAUACAUUAAUUAGCACACUGUAUUUCUAACCAAUGGUAUCUUUUGAUAUAUCUCUUUUAUAGAUUUUAUUUUCUUACCUUUCAAUAUAAUGAUAAAAUCUUAAAUUUACAUUAUUUUUUGUUGCUACAAUAAAAUUACAUAUGCACCACUACAACACUGCCAAAUGUUACAUUUGCGUGUCUACUUAAUACACCUUUAAAUAUCGAGCUUUCUGUAGCCUAAAGAGUUGAUACAAACGUGAAAACACACAAAAAAGUUACAAAGACUAGCAGAAUGGCUUUUGCACAAGUUUUCUACAACCAAAGCUCUGUCUUGAGAAUCAAUGUUAUGGUUGUGGAUGAUGAUCCUGUUUUCCUUCAAAUCAUGUCACGCAGGCUUGAAAAUUUAAAAUACAGAGAUCCAUCCACUAUGGAGAUCACGGUUAUAGCUGUUAAAGAUUCGAGAGAAGCAUUGUCUACUCUUAAAAUCGAAAGAAACAAUAUCGAUCUCAUAGUCACAGAUUAUUACAUGCCUGACAUGAACGGUCUACAACUCAAAAAACAGAUCACUCAAGAAUUUGGCAAUUUACCGGUCAUAGUUAUGUCAUCGGACACCAAUAAAGAACACGAGAGUUUAACGUGUGGAGCGAUGGGUUUCAUUCAAAAACCCAUCAACGCAACUGAAUUAACCAAGAUUUACCAACUUGCUUUAACAUGUAAGCGGAAUGGUAAGUCCACCUUAUGGACCGAGAACAACCACAAUGACACAGAUGUUAGCAUCUCUCAGCAAAUCCAGUUGGUUCCUGAGCAAGACAAUCUCAUGAUGACCAAGAAGAAGAAGUUCUCACCUAGACCGGAUGCAAGAUCCAUGAACAGUUCAAAUGGAACUUGUGUUAGUACUGAUGCUUCACGGAAAAAUAAAAAAAGAAAAGCAAACGGUGGUUCUGGUGAUGAUUUUGAGUCUUUGUCGCAGCCCUCCAUGAAGAGUAAGAUUACGUGGACGGAUGAUCUUCAUGAUCUUUUCUUACAAGCUAUCCGACACAUCGGUCUUGACAAGGCUGUGCCAAAGAAAAUCUUAGAGUUCAUGAACGUAUCAUACUUGACAAGAGAAAACGUAGCCAGUCAUUUACAGAAAUAUCGACAAUUCUUGAGGAAAGUCGCGGAAAGAAGUUCUUUGUGUUCAAACAUGUUGCCGAGUAAUGGCAUAGACUCGAUAUAUCCAUAUCCUCACACCAGAGAGCCGUACUACAACAACUACACUUCUUCUUCUUCUUCUUGGUACGGCACAAGUCUCAACAAUAGAUCAUUCUAUUCCAAACCCGGACACGGUCUUGGACAGUCUAGACUCUUAUCCAACACAUCUGAUCCCGUCUGCUUCAGUCAGAUGCCUCACAGCUACAUGAACCAGUCAUCCACCUAUGAUACACACCGUAUUGGAUCAAACUUGACGCUGCCCAUCCAGAGCAACCUCAAUUACUCAUCCCAAAAUGAAGGAAGAAGAAGCUUUCUUGAACCAACGGCAAACAAAACUAGCCAAACAUCUCAAGCUCUCGGGUUUGAACAGCAUGGAUUAUCAGCUAUUAAUGGUAGUGGUUUCAACAAUAACACGUUGAUCAGCUAUGGAAGUUUAACUCCUAAUCAACUAGGAACUAACAGCUAUAAAGGUUCAAUUUCUACUCAACAAGGAAUGACCAAUGGAAGCCUGGCUCUUAAUCAACCAGGAAUGAGCGCCUAUGGAAGUUCAACUUCUACUCAACCAGGCAUGAGCAGCCAUAUAAGUUUGACUCCUAAUCAACCAGGAAGGAACAGCUAUGGAAGUUUAACUGCUCCUCAACCAAGAAUGAGUACCCAUGAAAGCUUAUCUCCUAAUCAACAAGGAAUAAGCAGUUAUGAAAAUUUAACUUCUAAUCAGCUAGGAAUAAACAGCCAUGGAGGCUUAUCUCAUGAUCAACCACGUAUGAGCAGCUAUGAAAAUUUAACUUCUAAUAAUCUAGGAUUGAGCAGCCAUGGAUUUUUAACUCCUAAUCAACCAGGACUUAAAAGUUAUGGAAGUGCAAUUCAUAGCGUAGGACUAAACAGCUUUGAAGGUUUAACUACUCAUCAACCAGGAUCUAGCAACUUCUCGUAUGGGUUGCAAUCAUUCUUAAACAAUGAGAACACUGCAUAUGAGCCUCAACCUCAUCCACAUGCCCAAGCAGCUGCACAGAAAAAUAUUGAAAUUCCUCAACAGGAGAAUCUCAGCUUGUUUGAUGAACUUGGCAAUAUUAAUGAGCUUCUUUGCGACAUAAGUAACUUUGAACUGGAUCACAACAAGCAACAAGAAGCGGUUUCUACCAACCAAUUUGAGCUUCCCGCAAAUGUUUCGACUGAAAUGAAUCAAUUUUUCUCUCUUGAAGAUGAUGACUGGACCUUUGUGAACACAAACCAGGGACAUUCUAAUGGAGAAACAACAAACAAUGUUGCUCCGGAGACGAAUUCUCAAACUUUCAACAUGAGCACUAAUCAUAAUCAGGAACAAGAUGCUCAAGAUUUUGUCGACUGGUCGUUCUUGAAUCCGGAGGACUUGGCUAAUGAGUACGACUUCAUGGACUCUUUGUUCAAUGGCAUGAACUGAAAAGGGUUCGAUGAUCCAAGAUGUUAGCGAGGGAGAAGAAAUUAAACCGGCAAUGCAUAGUAGUUUAUAUGCAAAUAUAUAUAAAAAGAUUAAGCGAACUAUAGAUGUUUAUGGUUUUGGUUUUCUAGUAUUUUAUAAAUGUUGGAUAUUAUGUUAUUUUCUUCUUCAGCAAGUGUUGGAUAUUAUAUUAUGUCUGAAAACUUUUCAAUAUACAGUGAAACUUCUAUAAAUUAAUAAUAUUGGGACUACAAAAAAACUAUAAUUUUUUUAUUAAUUUAUAGAAAUAUUAAUUUAUCGGUAUAGUAAUUGAACCAAAAAUUUAAUUUGAGACUAUAAAAUUAUAUUAUUUUAUAAAGAUUUUUAGUGUAUAUUAAUUUAUAAAGUAUCAAUUUAAAGAGGUUAUACUAAUACUAUAUGAUUAGAGAUGUCAUGUGUUUGCGUUAUAAGUUAAUAUAUAUACUCACAAUAAUAUGUUCUAAAUUGAACAGUACAAACAGAUUUUCCCCUGCACAUAGAAUAUUAUCUUUUGAAUUACUAAAAAGUUAAUAUAUCAUUUAACUAAUAUUUUAUCCCCUCAACGCUCAAAUUAAUUCCACAUUAUUCAUCUACUUCUUUUCAGUUUUAUGCUCUACUUUCUACUUAACACUAAUAAACUACCUUAAGCCGUAGAUUGCAAAACUGAAGCAAAAACAAUAUAGAGUCCUUGUUUUUUACUCCAACUCUUUAAGAAAAGCGACUGGUUGUAGAAAGCAAAAUCUAAAAGUAAUAUUUCCAUUUUCAUCACUCACCCAAAAAUAGGUGUCGAGGAAACAUUCAGAGCCAUAGCAAAUCUUUGUGAUAGAACGCAGAAAGUUUUUAGCAUUGGAUGCCAAUCAUGUCACAAUAAAUUAUUUGAUGUAUCUUAUAAUUUUUUUUUACGCUGAUUUAUUAUGACAUUACAUUUAUGAGAAAGAUUACAUAGACGAUUCGACAACUGACAAUACUACCUGCCUUAUGAAGAUCUACGCGGCUACGCCUAACUGUAUCAUCUGAGUCGUUCUAUAAUUAAUCUACUAAUUCUUAUUGGUUACAUAAAGGCUUAAUCAUAUACAAAGAUCUUAAAGUUUUGUAAAUACUGAUAACUUGGCUUUUUAAAAUAGUAAUAUGAUUAACUAAAUCCUAAAUCAUUUCCUUAAUGAACUUUAUUGUACUUUGCCUUUUCUAAUGUCGAUAGACUAUUGGAUUAGGUAUUUGGUAAUUAUAAAGAUUCCCCUUUCUCUGCCCCCGAACGACUUUGUAGCCUUAACAGGAAGCAAUGAAUAUGAUUUUGGUCACCAGAAGUUACCGAUUCCACAAGAAACCAUAUUCAAUGUUAUGAUUAGCAUGUGUUACCAACAUGCCUUCUUUGUUUUCUGUUCUCUCCUACGUCUCAUUGUUUUGAUUUAUGGGUUUGACUAUAUAUUUGAUGCAUAUGAAGAGGAACAAACAAACAAAACAUUUAUAAAAUAUCAAAAUUAUGAAUUGUCAACUAUCUUCAAAAAUUAAAAUGGUACAAUUUUUUCGUAAUAUAAAUACAAUUUUUUCGUAAUAUAAAUUGUAGAGAGAGUUGCCUAAUCAAAUAGUACAUGUUUUUUUUGUAAUUGUAGGUAGUUGAAUUUGAUGGUAUAUAAUAUGAUUAAAUUAAAUAUUUAUAAUGAUGUAACUUGCGAUAGUUUUUUCGAUAAAAAUAGUCUUUAUAGGACUUGAAACAUAUCAUUUGAGAAGAUACAAUGUCGAUAUCGUGAUACAAUGUUGGUGUUAACUUUUGUUUUCGUCAACGUUGGUGUUAACUAAAAUAGAGAAAAAUAUACAACUUGAAUAAGAUAAAUCGUUCAUUGGACCUCUUUUAGCAAGAGCUGGUAGAUUGAAAUCACGGUUUACAUGUGCAAAAGAGGCUCUCUCGAACUUUGGUGCCCGUUAACUCAUGAAGAACACGAUUGCAAUUGUGAUUAACAAUGCUUUAAAGGUGGGGAAAAAAAACCUAAGUAUCUAACCUGCUCUUAUUCUCUGAGAUGUUGGAUCAUAAGAUCUACCUAAAAGAAACAUUCAUAUAUAUAAGCAAUAUUUUCAUAAAAACUUUUAUUGUAUUAGUAAAGAAAAUCCAAAUCUUUAGGUAUUACAAUGAUGGGAUUAUGAUGAUGAUGAAACUAUAUUUGUUGAAACUCCCCUUGUUAUUUGUGAAUUGACUUCAAGGGAAGACCAACAAAAAAUAUUCUAAACAAACCCAAAAAAAAAAAUUUGCCAAGAUCAAUCACAAAUCACAAGAAAUCGGAGAAAAAAACACAUAUUUAUC